AGGCACCAGGUCCUGGCUGCAUGGGGAGGCGGCGGCGCCGGCUGGCCGGGGCGGCCGGGGUCGGGGCGGGAGCCCUGCCCGAGGCCAUCGCCGCGCUGAGUCAGUCGCUGCCCGCCGGACCCAGCCCCGAGGUCUUCCGCCGCGCCAAGUUCGACCGUCCGGAAGCCGCCUCCGCGCUCUGGCGGCUUCUUUUCCACGUGCUCUCGCCGCUCGGCGCGGUCGGUGCCUCGGCCUCACUCGGUCCAGAGGCGCGCGCUCGCUGGGUGAAGUCAGCACUCAGCUCCCAGGGCUAUCAGAGGCCGGCGCUGGCACGACUUCCUGAGGACGGCUCCCAGGGCAGCCGGGAGCUGCUGCUGGCCCUGUCCUGGCUCCUGGCCCGCGGACCCCUCCUCGAGCGGCUGCUGGCCCAAACUCGCGUGCGGCUGGGUGACGAGGUGCCUGCGCUGGAGUGUGAGUCCCUGGCCUGGCCUGGCCCGGCCGUGGAAGCAGAGGGCCCCGUGGACGUGCGCCGUGUGCAGUGGCUGCUGGGGAAGCUGCGGUUGCGGUGGCGAGGCCUGGCCUCCGGGCAGCGGGAGCACAGUGCCCUCCUGAGCAAGAUCCACAGGUAUACCCACGGCUGCCAUGGCAACCACAGCCUCGGCCACCUGUCUGUCACGGAAACAGAGGCGCUCAGAGACCCAGAGAACGGCCGGCAGCUGCUGCAGGCGCUGGAGAGGGAGAAUGCGCGCCUGGAGGCGGCCGUGCGGUGGCGGGCGUGCGAGCUGGUCUACUGGCAGUGGAUGGACACCGUCCUGGGCGCCUGCCCCCCGGAGGUCCCCGCUGCAGCCUCACAGCCCACGUCUCUGCCCAGGAUCCCUGAGCACAGGGCCGGCGAGUUGGAGCUGGUGGCACGGGAGCUGCAGGGCCUGCAGGAGGCGCUGCGGGAGGCAGCAGAGCCCAGGCGCGCGGCCUGGGAGGCCAGGGUUGGCGGCCAGGGCCAGGGGCCGCGGGGGAGCUUCUCUCGGCGGGCUGUGCAGGAGGCCGUGCAGCAGCAGCUUGCGGCCCUGCAGCGGUCCUGGGAGCAAGACCCUGGCCCUGCCCGGCCCCUUGGGCCCCACCGGCUGGUGAGAAGCAGAGACGGGACAGCAGCAGGUCAGGGCCUGCAGGCAGCAGAGGUCAUCGGGAUGCUGAGGAGCCAGGAGGCCUGCCUGGAAGCGGUGCUGCACCAACUCCAGGGCCAGUGUCGGCAGGAGCUGGCCAGGCUGGCAGGAGCCCUGCCUGCCCUUGUCUGGAUCCCACCGCCUGGACGCUGAGGGCCUGUAGUCCUGGCCGCCUCGUGUGGGCGUCAGGAGCAGAGACGGGGCAGCAGCUGUCCUGAGUGGCCAGCAGCACCCUGGAGGGCAUGGGCUGGGCUCCAGGAGUGGGUGGAGACUUGCCUGGGGUCUGAGCACUGAGGGUCUGUGGGAGGGACUUGGAAAUAAAUGGUGGGGGCCUCCCUGUGCAGGAGGCCCCGGCCCCUGCUGCC